UACUUGCUGUACCUCACUCUCAGCAAGCAGAAGGGAAAUCGGGCCAUCAUUGCGGUUGUAGCGAUUAUUAGGCGGUUUAUAAGGAUCACCAUUCCCACGUUCUUCAUGAUCAUGUGUAUCUACCUACUACCACUGAUGGCCUCAGGACCCAACUCCAAGGAAUUCUACGACAGGUUCUACGCUGAAGUACGAAACCAUUGGUGGCACUUGGUCGCCCUAAUCUACAACUGGAGAGGGGAGGACUACGAAGUGUCCACCUUGACGCACUUGUGGUACCUCUCCGUGGAUUUCCAGCUCUUCGUCGUGGCAGUGGCUGUAAUACAGACAUUUCGGACAAGUAAAUGGCUCACUGCUUCCAUCUUUGCGAUGCUGUCGUUGCUAUGUUGUGGCAUCGCUGCGUGGCAAAUAUAUGGCACCUAUAUGCUGCCAUUCAUGGUCACUUUGCAUACAACCUACAGAGAAUUAAUUGACACGACCACUCAAUACUAUCAACUCCCAUUCUAUCAUGCCGUCUGCUUCUUCUCAGGAUGCAUGACGUUUACUGUCGUUGAACAAUAUGGCAAGGUGAAGAUCUCGAAGGUUGUCCAGGCUUUAUUCUGGUUCAUUGCCUUGUCAUGCGGCCUCUGCUGUAUGUACAUGAAGCUUGACUGGAACCUUAAUGGAGAACAGGCUAGCGAGACUAAGCGAAUGGUGGCUGCAUUUAUCGACCGCAUCCUCUGGUCAGUCUGUGUCGCUUGGUUCUGGUUCUUCUGCUCAACAGGUAGAGGAGGAUUCGUCAACCGGUUUCUCUCGUGGAAUGGAUUUGUGCCACUUGGACGGCUCUGCUUCGGUGUAUACCUCAUACAUCUGCCUUUCUACAAACUCUUUCACCGUAUAAGCAGAGAGCGCAGGUUCUAUUCUCAUUUCACAUUGGUAUCGAACUCCUUCCUCGUGCUUGUGUGGAGCUGCAUUCUCAGUUACAUUCUCUGCGUAGCCUGCGAACUACCCACUGCAAACCUAGAGAAGAUGCUGUUUCUCCGGGACACUAAGAAGAGUGUUGGCAACAGAGAAGAUUCGCAGAAGCGGCACCGGAUCGUGGGAGAAGACGUUGGAAACAUCUCUAUCAUAACUCUCAAUCACUGUACAUAAAAACUGUUACUCUAAGGAA